GGCAGCUCCAGGUCCGCUCCCCGCCAGCUCCCGGUCCCUCGCAAGUCCUCACGGGCGGGCGAGCGCGGCCCAGGCGCGGAGCGGCGGGAGGCACCGGCGGGCCCGCAGGCCGCGAUGAAGCCGAGCAGCGAGGACGGGGCGGCGCAGGCCGGGGGCCCGUGGGAGGAGUGCUUCGAGGCAGCGGCGCAGCUGGCGCUGCGGGCUGGACAGAUCAUCAGGAAAGCCCUUUCUGAGGAAAAACGUGUCUCAACAAAAACGUCGGCCGCGGACCUGGUGACAGAAACAGAUCACAUGGUGGAGGCUCUGAUCCUGCAGGAGCUGCAGCAGCGCUUUCCCUCCCACAGGUUCAUCGCGGAGGAGGCUGCAGCCGCUGGGGCCAAGUGUGUGCUCACCCCCAGCCCCACCUGGAUCGUUGACCCCAUUGAUGGUACCUGCAACUUCGUGCACAGGUUCCCGACAGUGGCAGUGAGCAUUGGGUUUGCUGUGAACCAGGAGCUGGAGUUCGGGGUGAUUUACCACUGCACAGAGGAGCGGCUGUACACGGGCCGGAGGGGCCGGGGCGCCUUCUGCAACGGCCAGCGACUGCGCGUUUCCAGGGAGACAGAUCUCUCCAAGGCCCUGGUUCUGACAGAAAUCGGGCCCAGACGAGACCCCAUGACACUGAAGCUGUUCCUGAGCAACAUGGAGAGGCUGCUCCGUGCUGGGGCCCAUGGGGUCCGAGUCAUCGGCAGCUCCACCUUGGCGCUCUGCCACCUGGCCUCGGGCGCCGCCGACGCCUACUACCAGUUUGGCCUGCAUUGUUGGGACCUGGCUGCAGCCACUGUCAUCAUCAGGGAAGCAGGCGGCGUCGUGAUGGACACGUCAGGCGGGCCGCUAGACCUCAUGUCUUGCAGGGUGGUUGCUGCGGGCACACGGGAAAUGGCGGUGCUCAUAGCUCAGGCCCUACAGACGAUUAACUACGGGCGGGACGAUGAGAGGUGAGGAGAGCAGACAGGGCUGCCCCAGGACGGGGCCUUCCUGGGAACCUGGAGCAAGAGUUCCUGAUCCCCAAAGGAGCCAUCAGGCUGGAGUCCGGGCUGUCUGGCUGAGCCCACGUCUUGGUGACUUUGGUGUCCAGUGGUUCCUCUCUGUAAUCUCACGUAGCCUUAUGUGGGUUGGUCCAGCCCUCCUACCGGGGCCAAAACCUGGAUCUCACAGGAUGUGUGUAUUGAUACUGCAAUUGCAAUUUUUUUUCCAGAAUGCAAAUCUCAGGUAAUAAGGCUUUUGAACUGCUGAUAAAGCAGACUUGCUCUCAGCGACCUCCCCCGCCUCUGCCCAUGGUACUUCAGAAUGCAAUAAACCAAAUGAUGACUCUCUGCUUGUUUCCCUCCACAAGUGUGUCGCCUAUUUCCCCAAACGACCCCCAAAAUCCACAGGCUCUUUAGGGAAGUUUGCAUAUGACAGCCCAGAGGUGACAUGCUUGCUAUCUGCCUGCCGCGGGUGAUGAAAACAACUUCAGUAAUUAUC